UUCCCAUGAUACAUCACGAUUACCUCUCUAGGGUGUUUGGGUCACCGAUAGCUUACUGAACAACUCACUCACAACUGUUAAAUACUAUUGGGUCGAUAAUGUUUAUGGCAGGUACAGGUUUUGGGGGUCGGGGAUGUAACCAAGGACCAAGCUCGGGAUCUGGGUCUGCGGGAUGUAAUCCACGCAAGUUCAGCGAGAAAAUUGCCCUUCAUACUCAGCGCCAGGCUGAAGACACCGCCGCCUUCCAAGAGGUUAUGAUGGACAUCACUUCCACCAAGCUACAGGUUCAGAGAGCUCGCCAGACCAGAAAUCUGGCCCCAUGUUAUGGUGGUUCCUUGCCCAAUGUUAACCAGAUUGUAAGAGCUACUUGUGACUCUCAGGGUCAGGUGUCAUACAACCCUGAGCACAGUUGUGUAGCACGCCGUCACCUGAUGUCAGAUCAGUCCCAUAGAGAGAGGAGACUGAGUCCACCAGGCCGACCCAACAGAAGACAUACUGAUAGUGCACCUUACCACUCAGUCCACCAGUCUCCUCCUCCUGGCUCCUACUGGAGAAGGAACUGGCCAAACAGCUGCACCACUGACAAAGGCCAAGAGGUCCGCCUCCCAGCGACAGCUCUGAAUAGGACAAAUUCGGAUUCGGCCCUGCACACCACUGUACGUAACACACACAUCGGUGACCAGAUGAGCUCGGGCCAGUCUCUCACGCCCCGAAAUAGACGCAGUGUGUUCCCAUAUCCUGUGCCUCUCAUCGAGGAGAAUAUGCCAGAGGAAAGCAAGCAUUUCAAAAGUGACUGUAAAAAGUUGUCCGAAGUGCCAUCAGGAAGUGCCAAAGCCUCCAGCCAACAUGCCAUCCCCACACCCAGCCAACAGGGCGGCAGCCUCCUCCCAUUGCCCUCUUCUCUGAACAUGAGUGGUUCUCUGCCAGACCUCUCCAGCCUGCACCUGCCCUCCUCCCAGCCCACCGGUCUGGGGCUGGACCCUCUGGGCCAGGCCUUGUGCCUGUCCUCCUCCAGCAGCUCUGACCACCUGCCUGGGGGUCUCACACACCCUGGCCUCAAGACAGACGAGGCCUAUCACCUACCUGGUUUAUCACCAAUGCCGGUCUCUCUCAGUAACCCUCUGCUUCAGUCUUCAUUAAGUAGCCCCAAUAUCCAGUCAUCUCUGAGCAGCAACUCCCUCCCCAACUCCUUGAGCUCUGCCUCCUUACAUCUCUCUCUGAGUAACUCCUCCCUCAAGUCGUCCCUUAGUAACCAAUCCCUGCUGUCCUCUCUCAGUAGCUCCUCCCUCAGCAACCAGUCCCUCCAAUCAGCUGCUAGCCACUGUAGCUACAGCAGCGGCAUUGGUGGAUCACGUUCUUGCUCUUCCUCGUCUCUGUCCUGUUCCUCACGGGCAUCCAACCAAUCCCACCCUCCGGCGUCGUCACGGAAACGGAACCAGCUCAGCCCUCUCAUUCUGCCCAGUGGGGGAGAGUCUCGCUGGCACCACCCAAAGCAGUUCUCCCCGACCGUGUCCCCAACACUGUCCUCCAUCACCCAGGGAGUGCUCCUCAACACAAAUCAGAUGUCACGAGACUCCCGACCUCCUGCGUAUCCCUACAACCAGCCACAGCACACUGGUCCUCCACCGUCCCAGCAGCCAUUGCAACACCUGCCAUACGCUCAAACAGAAGGGCAGCUCCACCAUCAGCUGACCGCUGUAGAGCCACCUAUGCACAGUGCCAACCAUCAGCAGCAGCCACACCAAGCAGCCAUGCCAAGCCAGCGUCUGCAUCAGCAACCCUUACAGCAUCCAUCGUACCAGCCACCCAUGUACCCAAAGCGCCAGGCUCAACAGUGUCAACAUGCGCAACCACCCCAGCCACAGAGCCACCUCCUCAAGCACCUGCAGGCCCCGAGCCCUCCACCCUCACAGCUCCCGCCUUACCUCGCCCAGGACCAAGCAGGCCCAGGCCUGAACCCCCCACCCGGCCAGCAGCACCUGCGCCACCACCCACACCAACACCAGCUUCCCCACCAGAAACCAUAUCACUGUGAGCAAAGCCAGCCACUCCACCACGUAGGUCCUCCACCGCAGCAGCCUUAUGCCCAGCCUUUUACCCACCAGCAGCACCACCACAGCCAGUGGCCACCUCAUCAUCUCCAGCCUGACCAUCAUGCUCCACAUGUUCUCCACCACCACCAUCAACAACAACAACAACAACAACAACAACAGCAACAACAACAACAGCAGCAACAGCAGCAACACCACCACCACCACCACCCGCCAUGGGCUUCUCCAAACCCUGCCAUGCCUGGCCCAAAUCAGGGCCAUCCUUGGCAGAAGGAGACGGACCUCCACGGACCCCUGUCCAGCGUGGAAACUCUGCCCACUCAGGAGCACAUCAGAGCGGGCACACCGAUGCGGGUGCAGAGCCACCGGAGAUCCAAGAGCCAGCUGCAGGAGACGGUGGCAGCAGGAAGUGCCCACUCUGGGAGCCCCCAGAAGAUGCCCCAGACUCUGCAAACAGGGAUCUCCUCACAGAGUGGGCCCUGUCUGGAGAACAGCAUAGGCCUUAAUAAUGAGUCCUACAUGGGUUUGCACCUCACUCCCAGCCAGACCAAAGCCCUCUCCCAGCAGUUGGGUCAACUCUGCAAAGAGCCUGGGUCCAGUGCUGUCACAGAGGUGGGGAUGCUGACCACCGCCACCACAGAGAAAGAAGCUUCUCCUUUCCAGGGCCUUGAUCCUGGGCAGGACCAGAAACACAGCAUGGGAAUGUGCCAUAGUUUCUCUGAUACCAUGUUAACAGAUGCAGCAUCCUGGCUGGACCAGGAGAUUGCUGGGUUCCCUGCCAAUAUGCUGGAGCUGGAUGAAGAGGCCUUGGAGCUGAGCAUCUUGAGGGAUGAAUUCACCAGCGAGCCUGCCACGGAUGGGACAUUUUACAACCCCAUUAACUGACCUGGACAUGAGCACGCCACUGGAUGUCAGCUGGAGGUCAGCAAGAGGUCAUCUCCCUGCAGGUUUAGAGCCCCUCUUUAUCUAUGGAAGGUAUGACACCAUGAAUGGGAUGAUCACAGUGUAAUUAUGUCAACUAAGAAUUAUCCAUAUGCAAUGAUCUCCAGAUCACCAUUUUAGACUGGAGUACGUACAGUAUGUAGAGCAUUGUCAUGAAGAUGUUUCUGAUGCAUAGAUAUGGGGACAGAGCUAAAUCGGUAUAUCUCCAAGUAUCAAGUAUACCACACCUACCAACUCUCCCUAUUCAGGAAGUAAACGUGUGUUUAAAGAGAGAAUUGCCUAUUUAUCAGAUAUUAUAUUAUAUUAUAUUAUAUUAUAUUAUAUUAUAUUAUAUUAUAUUAUAUUAUAUUAUAUUAUAUUGUCCUUAAUAAUUAUAUGGAAUUCUCCUUAGUGAUUGUAUAAGACAUGUCAACAUUUAUGUUGUGAGGUCAUUAAAAUAGAAAGAAUUUUUAGAAAACAUAUCUAUUUCCCUUGCAAAAAAAAAAUGUACAAAAGGAAAUGUUCACAAAAGGUCGUGGUCAACCCUUUAAUAAGCUGUCGCUUGACAACUGUAUUUUUAUGUGCCAGCCUGAUCAAUCCUUUCAGUCUAAUGAUUUUUUUUUAAUGAAACCGUUUGCUUUAAGCUUCUGUGUAUAUGAUGCUAAUAUUAUGACUAUAUUGUCAUGCUUAUUUAUUCUAUAUUUUCAAAUAUAUGUUUUAUAUUUUAAAAGCCACUUCUCUCUCUGGUAGAGAUGAUGAAUGCAUUUUUGUGCUUAGAUAGCUUUCUUGCUAAAAAAAAAAAACAAGAUAAACAGUGUUUUUUGUCGCAAACAAGUAAUACUUGAGUAAAACAAACAAAACCAUUGUUUAUUAUUCAUUACUGCCUUGAUAUGUUGCAAUAGUAAAUGUUUUUAUGUGAACUGAU